AUGUCUGAGUCUGAAGAUCUCAAGUCCAAGCUGCACACCUACCAGAACGACUCACGGUUCCCCAACCAGAACCAGACGCACCGCUGCUUCCAGAACUACGUGGACUACCACCGUUGCAUCAAGGCCAAGGGCGAGGAGUUUGCUCCCUGCCAGGAGUUCUGGCGCGCCUACCAGGCCAUGUGCCCCGUCUUCUGGAUCACCAAGUGGGACGAGCAGCGUGAGGCCGGAAACUUCCCUGCCCUCGGUGUUUAA